GAGGAUGCUGUAUUUACUGUGUCUCACAUUAGUGACCCUGGCUCUGCAACCGGCACUCUCCCUCUAUAACUGCUCCUCGCUUUACGAGAGGGUGCCAAAUAAUGAUGACCUGCAGGUGGACUGUGGAGUCAACGUCAUCAAACUGGAGGUUAACCUGUGCACAGUACAGUGGGCUGGCUUCGACCCCACCAUCCUGGCCCUCAAUGGCAUGCACAAUAAUAGCCAAUGCAAUGGCACUAUAGACACCAGUGUGAACCCUCCAGUCAUCCGGUAUCAACUAGCUGUCAAUGACAGUCACGGCAACUUGUGCCGACAGUCACUUCAGAUUGUAAACGAGGUUCCCAGUGCCUCUGGACCAUUCAGCCAGUUCUCCACCAUCCAGUCGGUCAUUAUCACCAGCUACAUCGACACCCCAACCUCCUCAGCAGGUGUUGUCAGCUAUUCCACAGAUCUCUUCUAUCGCUUCUCCUGCCGUUACCCUCUGGAGUACCUCAUCAAUGACACCAAGAUAGUGGCAUCAUCAGUGUCAGUGGCCACCAGUGAUAACAAUGGAAGCUUUAUUGAUACUCUCAGCAUGAACGUGUACAAUGAUUCUACCUUUUUCUAUCCAUUGGUGGUUCCACCUAGGGGACUACAACUGCGAACCAAGGUCUACGUAGAGGUCAAAGUAGCUAAUCUUUCUGGGAAUUUUAAUCUCCUCCUGGACCACUGCUAUGCAACUCCAUCACCUUACAGCUCCAACAACAGUGAACAAGUGGACUUUUUUACUGUAUGUAACUCUGACACUCGGACUGUGGUCCUGAGCAAUGGGGUCUCCAAAAACAGCAGGUUCUCCUUUGAGGCGUUUCGUUUUGUGGAGCAUCGUAACCUAGACAAGUCCUCUGUCUUCAUUCACUGCAUACUGAGACUCUGUGAGCCAGACAAAUGCCUGAACAUUAUCAACAGUUGCACAAGCAACCUUGGUAGAAGAAAGAGAGCUGUGGAGGUGCAGACUGGACAACCGACCACAGCCACUAUGUCAAUGGGGCCACUUUAUACAGCCGCCCAAACUGCUGACCCAACCGCUUCUGCUUAUGCAGGAGGCACCGGACUGUCCAAUAAAAUCCAGGAUAACAUGGCUGGGGUGGUGGUAGGGGCGAUAUUUGCCUCUGCUGGUGCACUGCUUCUCAUUCUGGCUGGAUGGUUUGUACUGAAGAAGGUUUGGUAGGAUAAUGACCUACCUUGUGUUUUCAAAAAAAGGAGCCAGCAGCCGAGCAUCUGCUCUGAGCUUGAGCAGCAAAAUUUGAUCCACCUGAUAAGACAGCUCAGUAUAACAUAGCACCUUAAUGAAGCAUAGAAGGUUCUUGAGUUCACAUGAUUAAAUCAAAUAUAUUUGUAAAUGCAUGACAGAACUGCAAGAUCAUUAACAAUAUUUUUAUUUUGUUCUUUAGAUUAUAAAAAGGUAUUUUCAAAUCAACCCAAUGUAUACACAGUACAGAUGCACCGAUACUAAAUUUCUCAGCUGAUACCGAUGACCGAUUAUUCAGAGUUAUAAUGGCCGAUACCGAUACCGAUAGUUCUGCCUUUUAUGCCUUCUUUUAAAUAAUAAUUCCACAGUAAUAAUUCCACAAUAAUAAUGAAUUCCACAGUUCUAAAGGAAAUACAAAUAAAAACUUUAUUCUCUCCAUUUGAACAAGUUGUUUCACAGUAACUGGUCUCAUAAACAGAAAACACAGUACUCAAAUUAACAUUAACACGUGAACUAAAUUCUGAAGAUUAUAGUAAGAUUUCUUAACUUAUUGAAUGUUAUUAAUUCUUAUUAACAUUGACUGAAUUAAAAAAAAAAAACUCCUGUUAGUCUCACAUUCACUCACCACAAACAAAAGCAUUUCUAAUUCAUCAUUGAACAACAAAUAUAUAAUAUAAUUUUUUUUUUUAUAUUUACAUAUUAACAUUAUCUGGAUAUGAAAUAUACUACUCUACAAAUAUAUUUUUCUGUGCAAUAUAUACUUUCUUGUCAACUCACCUUCAAUUAAAUCUUUCAACGGUGUACUGGCCCUUUAAUUCAGCACGAGCAGUGCCGCAAAAAAAAAAUUUAGACUCCAAGCCAAAACUCCAGUGUAAAAUUUGAUCAGUGCAGAGAUUACAGAGAUUACAAACUGCAGUUUUGUCAUCAUUCCACACAUCAUCUUUACACACAGCACGAAAUCUAUGUGUUUUCCCGCCCUCUUUUGAUUGACAGGAUAUAAUCGGCCCUGAACAUCGGAUGUUUUUAAACUAUAGAGUGAAAAAUUGCCUUUAUCGGCUGAUACCGAUUAUUGGCCGAUACAUCAGUGCAUCUCCAGUAAAUAGAACAUCUUGUGUUUUAGAUAACCCCAAGUAUUUACAGUAGAUGAUGGUUUAUAAUAAUAAAAUGGCUUAUUAUUGCACUUACA